AUGGAAUUGAAAUCUAUUGAAAGUAGAUAUUCCAAUAAGAAAAGCUUGAAAGUCUUGAGAAUAACCGCUAAAAGAGUAUGGAUAAGGAUGACUAUUCAAUUAAUAUCGAACAGAGUAUUAAAAAAGGUGUUAAAAAGUGAAAGCAAUAAUGUAUUAGUAGCAUAUAAGAUGAAUAAUGAUAAGGAAAAAAAUAAAGAUAGGGAAAAAAGAGUAAUAGUGGAAUGA